AUGCCGCGAUGUUAUUUUAAAUCAGGCGUCGGCUAUAAACUUCUGUUGGCAGCGGGCAAGGUGACAAGCCUUACCAAAAAUAAUGGGCCAAAGAAUCCAUGGGGCAAGGAUAUAGAACAAAUCUAUUUCACUUCGAAUUUCAUUGGAAAAACUCUAAAUGUUAAAAUUUACGUGCCAGAUAGGUACGAACCGCCAAUUGACCUACCACGUAAGGAAUCUACUUCUUCUGAUGAGUUAGAGCUCAGCACAUUUGAUAGGUACGAUCCGUUCUAUUUCACCGUAACCCGCAAGUCAACCCAAGUAAAGCUGUUCGACACUUCUUUAGGAGGUUUAAUAUUUUCUGACAAAUUUCUUCAAAUCGUCACAAAGUUACCAUCGCAAGCUAUGUACGGAUGGGGAGAGAAUGUUCAUCCUACAUUAAAGCACAACUUUACUCGUUAUACAACUUGGGCUAUGUUUGCAAGAGAUGAACCGCCAAACUCGCAACAUCUUCAAACUAAAAAUCUUUACGGUGCGUCCCUUUGUGGUGAAAAUGCUGGUGUUUUUGUGUCAGAAUCACUAAGAAUUUUAUAUUCUGAGAAUUGUUGUGUAGGUGUCCAUCCAUUUUAUAUGGUCGUAGAGCCAGAUGGUAAUUCCCAUGGAGUGCUGAUUCUUAAUAGUAAUGCACAGGUAAAUUCUCAUUGGUUUGCAAAACGUUGGAUAACUGGCUAG